AUGGCUUCUACCUUGUGUUACAACUCUCUAAAUCCCUCAACAGCAUCUUUCUCAAGAACCCAUUUCUCAAUUCCCGUUAACAAAGACUUUUCACUUGAAAAUUCUUCAUCUUUUCAUACCUAUGGAAGAACCAGAACAAGAAAACAGAGGAAAAACGUGUUCGUGAUGCAUGUGAAAGUGAAAGCUGCAGUGGCUGAAUCUACUGCACCACCUUCCUCAUCAACACAAGCUGAGAAGAAGAAUCUCAGGGUACUUGUAGCUGGUGGUGGGAUUGGUGGAUUGGUUUUUGCUUUGGCUGCAAAGAGAAAAGGGUUUGAAGUGAUGGUGUUUGAGAAGGAUUUGAGUGCUGUGAGAGGAGAGGGACAGUAUAGAGGUCCAAUUCAGAUACAGAGUAAUGCUUUGGCUGCUUUGGAAGCUAUUGAUUCAGAUGUUGCUGAUGAAGUUAUGAGAGCUGGUUGUAUUACUGGUGAUAGAAUCAAUGGCCUUGUUGAUGGGGUUUCUGGUUCUUGGUACGUUAAGUUUGAUACAUUCACUCCUGCAGUGGAACGCGGACUUCCAGUCACACGAGUUAUUAGUCGAAUGGUUUUGCAAGGGAUCCUUGCUCGUGCAGUUGGAGAAGAUAUCGUUAUGAAUGCUAGUAAUGUUGUUAGUUUUGUAGAUGAUGGAAACAAGGUAACAGUGGAGCUUGAGAAUGGUCAAAAAUAUGAAGGAGAUCUAUUGGUUGGAGCGGACGGUAUAUGGUCCAAGGUAAGGACACAGUUAUUUGGACAAACAGAAGCUGUUUAUUCCGGCUAUACUUGUUAUACUGGUAUUGCAGAUUUUGUGCCUGCUGACAUUGAUUCUGUUGGGUAUCGAGUUUUCUUGGGACACAAACAAUACUUUGUAUCUUCAGAUGUUGGAGCUGGAAAGAUGCAAUGGUAUGCGUUUCACAAAGAAGCACCCGGUGGUGUCGAUGAACCAAAUAAAAAAAAAGAAAGGUUGCUCAAGAUAUUUAAGGGCUGGUGUGAUAAUGCGGUAGAUCUCAUGGUUGCAACUGACGAAGAAGCAAUUCUGCGACGAGACAUAUAUGAUAAAAUACCGACGUUUAAAUGGGGAAAGGGUCGUGUAACUUUGCUUGGUGAUUCUGUCCAUGCCAUGCAGCCAAAUAUGGGCCAAGGAGGAUGCAUGGCCAUUGAGGACAGUUAUCAACUUGCAUGGGAAUUGGAUAGUGCAUGGGAAAAAAGUAUUAAAUCAGGGAACCCAAUUGAAGUUGAUUCAUCCCUGAGGAGAUAUGAAAGUGAAAGAAAAAUUCGAGUUGCGGUUAUUCAUGGAAUGGCUAGAAUGGCAGCUCUGAUGGCUUCCACCUACAAGGCAUAUCUAGGUGUUGGUCUUGGUCCUUUGGAGUUUUUGACCAACUUUCGUAUUCCUCAUCCUGGAAGAGUUGGAGGGAGGUUUUUCGUUGACAUAUUGAUGCCGUCUAUGUUGAAUUGGAUCUUAGGUGGAAAUAGUUCAAAACUUGAAGGUAGACCAAUAAGUUGCAGGCUCUCAGACAAAGCAAACGGACAAUUGCGCAAAUGGUUUGAAGAUGAUGAUGCACUUGAGCGUGCUAUUAACGGAGAGUGGUUUUUAUCACCGUGUGGAGAUGAAACAGGUCUUUCAAAACCAAUACGAUUAAUGCAAAAUGAAAUGAAACCCUUUAUAAUUGGGAGCGCGGUGCAAGAAGAUUCUCCAGGUAGUUCAAUUACAGUUUCUUCGCCCGAGGUUUCUCCAACGCAUGCUCGAAUUUACUAUAAGGAUGGUGCCUUCUUCGUAACUGAUUUGCGGAGUGAACAUGGCACAUGGAUCGUCGACAUUGAAGGAAAGCGAUACCGGGUACCUCCAAAUUACCCUGCCCGUGUCCGUCCAUACGAUGUACUUGUGUUUGGUUCUGAUAAGGUUUCAUUUCGAGUUAAGGUGAAAAGUGUGGCUCCAAGCAUCUCUACGAAUGAAGAGACACAAGUUUUCCAAGAAGCAUGA